ACCCAUGAUGAUGAGCCGGCUGAUCAAUCAUGUUGCGCGCUCAAGCCGCCGCGUCGUCGCCACUUCCUCUACCGCCACUAUGCGGUGCAUUCACGUGUCAACAUCGCCAUCGUUGAGGAAGGCCAGCGUCGUGUGUACUUCUCGCCUGACAAUGCAAUCGCAACGAGCAAAUUUUAGCACGAUCAGCGAUCACUCGGCUGUGACUGCCAACUCUGAUGCACACGGAGCAAAGUCGUUGGAUCUGUGGCAUAAAACUCAAGACUUGUACGUACGUGCUCUAGCCCAGGAUGCAUUGGCGCAGUAUGAACUCGGGUUGAUGUACCUGGAUGACGACGUGGCAGAUGACGACAGCAGCAGCAACGUGGUCGAAGAUGAAUGGACGUUAGACGCGGAAACGUUGCGUCAACGCGCCAGUUCCUCCUCGCCCGAUCUCCAGGACAUCAAGAGCAUCCGGAAGCAUGCUCGAAAACUGUACAAAGAGUACAAACAGUCAACCCAAAAAUCUGCUACAAUCUCGCCUCUGGUGGCUCGAACCACCUCGGCAGACUUGGAUGACGUCUAUGGCAGCAUCACGCAGCCAUGGUUGGACGGCUCUCGGCUGCUUGCUCCAUUAAGCUCCGAAAGUGAAGUGGACGACACAGUCAUCAUGCAAGUCCUCGGGGGUAGCAACCAAGCCAAAGGCGUCGAGUGGCUGCGCCGCGCCGCCGACAAUGGCCACCGCGACGCGUUCGUCCGCUUGGGCAACUUGUGCAUGGCGCACGACCCGCCCCUAGUUCAUGCGGCCAGGGCCUGGUACUCUGUCAUUGCAUUCUGUGAAAAACCCCAUCCUGACGCGCUGUACAACCUUGGCAUGUUACUUUACGACGACCACCCCACAGCCGUACCCACGCCCACGGUAGCCAACCUGCCGCUGGCGAUGGACUGCUUCAUGAAAGCGGCCGAAGUGGGCGACCCUAGUGCGCAAUUCUUUAUGGGGCAUGUCCUCCACGUCGGCAACGAGUCAGUGGCUGCCAACCCCGUGAGCAGCCGCAUGUUGCUGGAGCAAGCGGCUACGCAAGGCCACGGUGGGGCGCUGUACUACCUCGCGCAGCUCCACUUGAGCGGGGCCGAAGCCAUGCAUGUCCCUGUCGACUUGGACAAAGCGCUGACAUAUCUCCGUUUGGCCGUGGACGAGGACGAAGCCGACGCGCUGGUGUGUAUGGCCGACAUGUACCGCGAAGGGUUGCCACCCGUGGUGCCCGUGGACGUCCAAGCGGCCCACGACCUGUACGAACGCGCGGCUGCGAUGGGCCAUCCAGAGGCGCUGUGUACGCUGGGGGCGUUGGCGUAUGCGAAUCGAUUGUACGAGCCAGCGUUUCAGUACUACCAGGCGGCCGCGGACCGCCAUUCGAUGGCAGCGUGGAAGAAUCUCGCAGACAUGUAUUACGCCGGCGUGGGCGUGCCCCAGAAUAAAAAGACGGCCGAGUCCAUCUUGGACAUGUUGCGCAAGAUGGACACUCCGUAACGCCGCAUACUAUUGUCUUUUUACCCCCAAAUUUGGACUGUAUUCGCAAAAAUGGUCCAGUGUCACACUAAUUGAAGCCACACACUAAUU